AUGGGUCUGCUGGCUCCAUCUAUGGGCCUGCUGCCAAUGCUGCUGCAUCUUCUUAAUAUUUAUACUGAUAUAGUAGUAAUAGUUCAGAUUAUGCUGACACUGCAUGUUAUUGGUAUAAAGAGGGAUAAUAGGCAGCAGGUUCUUGAGCUCUUGCAGGAUGUGGACGGCAUCAGGGUCUUGGAUCAGUCAUACAAUGCUUCUUGUGCAGAUCAUGAUCUACAGCUCAGGGAUUGGCUGAAAGAGUGGCCAUUUGCCGAUCUCCCGUCCAACCUUGUAUCCAACCCCAACCAAGUUUGGCUCAACACCACGGCCGCAUUUAUGCCUGGAAUGCUUCCAGAUCAUGCUCACCUAUAG